GUCCUUUCCCAUAUCCCUUGCAUUGCCCAAAACCAUAACCUGUACUCUAUUUCCCGAGAGCUAGCUCCGAUCUGAAAAGAGUAGAGAAAAAUGGAGGAAACGAAGAAGAAAAAGGAGACAAGGUUUUGGAGUUGGGCCUUCGCAUCAGUCAUCUUCAGACUCCUCCUCAUUUACUUCCCCAAAAAUCUCAACUUGGCCGUUCGACCUGAAGUCUCCACUCCUCUCACCAGUCUCCGCCGCUUGGCUGAAGGAUACUGGUUGAAGCAGUCAUCGAUGUCGCCCUACGCUGGUUCAAUGUACCAUGGAUCUCCUCUCCUACUUUCAAUUCUUGGUCCGCUCACAGUCAAAAGAAUUGAAGGGCAACCAAAUCAUCUCAUAUGCAGUUUGGUUUUUGUGAUUGCAGACUUCAUCACUGCAAUGCUUAUUCGGGCAACUGGACGAAAUCUUCAAUUCACAUAUAGUCAAAGUUUGAAAUCACUAAACCUUGUUAAACUGUUAGAAAAUUCUGAGAUUCUCUCAUCCGGGGAUAUUGCUGCUCUUGUCUACUUAUGGAAUCCUUUCACCAUAGUCACCUGUGUGGGUUUUACCACAUCCCCAAUUGAAAAUCUUGUCAUCAUGUUGUCUAUUUAUGGAGCAUGUACAAGACUAGUUCCAUUGGCAGCUCUUGGAUGGGUCAUUGCAACACAUUUGUCUCUUUAUCCUGCAAUUCUAAUCAUACCGAUGAUUCUUUUAUUAGGUUACGGUCCAGAUGCUCCCCCAAGGAAAUUGUUUCUGCAAACGGAGUCUUUUAAAAUUGGAGAUAACCCUUCAACUGAUGGCCAUUUUCAAGACAAGGAAUUGACUACUCAACCAGCAGAACCAGCAUCUUUUUCAUGGAGACCAGUAGUAUAUUUCUUUUUGUGGGCAUGUCUUUGGGCAUUAUAUGUCCUCCUUUUAUGUGGCAUUUCUGUCAAAAAGUAUGGUGGUCUUUGGGAGAUGUUUAGGAGAACAUAUGGGUUUAUUCUCACUGUGGAGGACUUAUCUCCAAAUAUUGGUGUCUUAUGGUACUUCUUUGCAGAAGUUUUUGAUUUUUUCAGAAAUUUCUUUCUGAUUGUUUUCCAUGUGAAUAUUUUAUUCAUGAUAUUGCCAUUAGCAAUAAGGCUAAAGCACAGGCCCUGCUUUCUUGCUUUUGUGUACCUUACAAUUUCUUCAAUACUCAAAUCUUAUCCUUCAGUUGGAGACUCAGCUCUGUACUUGGGUUUGUUGGGCUUGUUUGUCAAUGAACUAGCAGAGAUGCAGUUCUCUUUCUUUCUCUUUUCCGGAUAUGUGGGAGUUUCUCUCCUUAGCCCUGUGAUGCACAAUCUAUGGAUAUGGAGGGGUACCGGCAAUGCGAACUUUUACUUCGCAACUGCAAUUGCUUAUGCUUGCUUGCAGAUUAUUUUGGUGGUAGAAAGUGUAAGUUCCAUGCUCAACCAUGACAGGAAGAUAAGAAAGCUAUCUACUAAAAAAGUCUGAGAUGACAGAUCUACUACAAUGCUAUUUACUGUGGAGAAGCUUUUUGCAAUGUACUCAUCGCUAUCUGAUCAUUCAGCUUCUCUUGGUUAUUCGGGAAUAUGUGACUGCACCAAAAACCACGGCAAAUAUGUUUGCACGGCCAUCUGCAAAUACUGUUGCAUUCAAAGUUGCUUUCGUCGUUGAAGGUUAACUAUAAUCUUUUGUACGUGUUCUUGUAUAACAAUCAAAGGGUUAGAAAAUGGCUACAGAAAACCAGAAUUUUAGGGGUUUCCUGUUCUGUAGAAGACUGUACUGAGAUCUAUUUUACUAAACAGAAAAAAGAACAAAGUUAAUACAUUUAGAAUGGGUUGCAUAUUUGAGA